UAUCUUGAAAAGAUUCUCACAAAAAUAUCUAUAAUUACGUAGGAAACUAAGAUAAAAAACGUUAAAUUGAUUAUUGAAGCGAUAAGAGCCCCCCAACUGAGCGAGGAUAUUGCGAUAACGACUGCUAAGUGUUGUCUCUCUAGUAGCCACUUGUUUGUGUCUUUCAUCCAGUUGCUCAGCUUGCUUUACGUUCUCUGCCACGUACGUCCGGAUCGUCUGUAAGCAUAAUGACCGAUCAAAAUAAAGUGAUCAAUUUCGGCGCCGGCCCAGCUAAACUGCCGCAUGAGGUUCUGAAAGACGUGCAAAAGGAAUUGCUUGCAUAUGGGAACACACAAAUCAGCAUCCUCGAAUUAAGUCAUCGGUCGAACGAUUUUAACAAUGUCAUUAAUAAUGCCCAAUCCACAUUACGGGAUAUCCUAAACGUCCCCGAAAAUUAUCGCAUUUUAUUCAUGCAAGGAGGUGGCACUGGACUUUUUGCAGCAAUUCCUCUGAACAUAUUGAAAACUGGAACUGCGGAUUAUCUAGUAACUGGCUCAUGGUCGGCAAAAGCGGCGAAAGAGGCGACCAAAUAUGGAAAAGUGAAUAUGGUGUUACCUAAAACACCAAAGUACACAGAAAUUCCGGAUCCUUCCACUUGGAAUCUAGAUCCAAAUGCUUCAUAUGUUUACUAUUGUGACAAUGAGACUGUGCAUGGAAUUGAAUUCGGCUAUAUUCCGGAGACAAACGGAGUGCCACUUGUCGCUGAUAUGUCGUCCAAUAUACUAUCGAAACCUUUUGAUGUAUCCAAGUUCGCGUUAAUUUUUGCGGGUGCGCAAAAGAAUAUUGGACCUGCAGGUGUAACUUUGGUAAUCGUACGGGAUGAUCUACUUGGUCAUCCCAUGGAUGUGUGCCCAACAGUAUUGAAUUUUACCAUUAUGGCGAAUGAUAAUUCUCUGCACAAUACCCCACCUGUUUUCCAAAUAUAUGUAGUGGGAUUGGUGUUCGAAUGGAUCAAACGGAAUGGUGGCGUCGAAAGUAUGCAGAAUUUUGCAAAGAAGAAGAGCAGCAAAAUAUACGAUGUGAUUGACAAUUCAGGAGGUUUCUAUACAUGUCCUAUCAAGCGAGAUGCGCGUAGUAGAAUGAAUAUUCCAUUCAGAAUAGGUAAUGGUGAUGAGAAGCUCGAAAAGGAGUUUCUUUAUGGUGCCGCAGCUCGCGGGAUGUUGCAGCUAAAAGGUCACAGGUCGGUAGGUGGAAUACGCGCAUCUUUAUAUAACGCAGUUACAGAAGAAGAGGCGGAAUCAUUGGCUGAUUACAUGAAAUGGUUCCAUAAUAAACAUUGCAAAUAGUCUGAAAAAAAUAACUAAAUGUUUUAAAAAAAUAAUAUAGAUAUACAGUUUUUUAGAAAAGAACUAUCGAAAAUGUUAUUCGUGUAAAUAUACAUUUGUAUCAUAUAUAACUUUUAUAUACAAAUUUUAAUAUGCAAUA